UCAAUCGGCUCGCUCGGCCCGAGUCCAAUGCAUGCAAUCGAUAAGAUGCCUAGCGUUAGGUUAGCGCGUAAAGCAUGCGUUCUGUCUCGAAACUUAUUCACUACCGCGGGGGUCCAAGCGUAGACCGUCACCUAUUAGCCUGGGUAAAGGAGGAUUAAUGGAAGUAGCAUUCGAUGCGUAGACAUUGCUAGGUCCCAAUCGUUGAGCUCUUCCCUCCUUAUGAGGCUUCCUCAACUGGCCAAGAUGGCUGCCGACAAGGUCCUCGAAGGCGUCUUCGCCAUCAACAAGCCGUUUGGCAUGAGCUCAGCCCAAGUCAUCCGCGACUGUCAGCUGUACUUCAACCCCUCCAACCUCUUUGCGCCGCUCAUCGCCCAAGAAAAGGCGAUGCGCGAGAAGGAGAACAAGUACCAGAAGAGGCGGCGCAGCAAGGCCAAGCAGGAGCUCCGCGUCAAGAUGGGCCACGGCGGCACGCUGGACCCGCUGGCCACGGGCGUGCUCAUCCUGGGCGUCGGCAAGGGCACCAAAUCGCUGCAGAAUUUCCUCAACUGCACCAAGACGUACGAGACCAUCGUCCUCUUCGGCGCGAGCACCGACACGUACGACCGCACCGGCCGCAUCAUCAAGAAGGGCAAGUACGACGAGGUCACGCGGGAGGCCGCCGAGAAGGCGCUCGACUGCUUCCGCGGCAAGUUCAGGCAGCUGCCGCCUCUCUACUCGGCGCUCAAGAUGGAGGGGAAGCCGCUCUACGAGUACGCGCGCGAGGGCAAGCCGAUCCCGCGCGAGAUCGAGACGAGGGAGGUCGAGGUGACAGAACUCGACCUGGUCGAGUGGUACGAGCCGGGCACGCACAACCACCGCUGGCCGGCGGAGGAGGCCGGGCAGGCCGAGAAGAACCUGGUCGACUCGGUCUGGCAGGUAGCGAAGCGGCAGGUCGCAGCCUCGGAGGAGGGAGAAGGCAGCAGGCCCACGCCCGAGCAGCAAGAGCAGGAGACCAAGGCGCUGGAGGAGUACAACAGCAAGAAGCGCGAGGCCGAGGAGCGCGUCGACAGCCUCGUCAGUGACGAGCAGGCGCCGCCGGCAGCGAAGCGGAAAAAGACCAACGAGGGCGGCGCCGAGCCCAUGAUGUCCGGCGCGCUCGGCACACUGCCCUCCCCGCCGGUCGGCAAGGGUUCGAACCUGGUCCCCCCGCCGCCGGCGCCCAACACGCCUCCGCCCUGGGAGGGCAAGGGCCCCCCCGCGGCUAAGAUCCGGAUGACUGUGACAUCGGGGUUCUACGUGCGCAGCUUGUGCCAUGAUCUGGGCGAGAAGUUAGGCUGUGGCGGCAUGAUGGCCGAGCUGAGCCGGACGCGGCAGGGCCAGUUCGUCUUGGGCGGCGCCAACUGCAUGGAGUACGAGGAGCUCCUGAAGGGGGAGGAUAUCUGGGGCCCUAAGGUCCGCAACAUGUUGGAGCUGUGGAAUAACCCAGAGGCCAAGCAAGCGGAACAACCCAAGGAACAGUCCAAGGAACAACCCAAGGAACAGCCCAAGGAACAGCCCAAAGAUGAGCUCAAGGGGCAGCCCGAGAGUAACAAAGAGGCAAGGGCGUCGGAGAAGGCUGAGGAAGGCGGAAAGGCUGCCGAAGACGCCGAAGCUAUUCCGCAAGCAAACUGAUU